ACUUUUUCCUAAAUUGCUUACUGCAUCUGCUCUAUAUUCCUAAUAAAAGUUUUGCUUACACGGUACUAAUUGAUGUUGUAGGAAAAAAGAGAAAGAUUCAGAAAGAUGAGAGCAGGUCAAACUUUAAUGCAUACAACAAGUAGAAAGGGCUUUGCUCGUUUAGAAGCUGAAAUGGUAAAAAUUUGUUAAAUUUAAAGUUAAAUUUGCUUAACAAAUUAUAAACGUUUACGUUAUUACAUAUAUGAAAUAAGUGAAAUGUAGCAUGCCGAAAGUGAAGACCCAGAUUCCAUAAUGAGAGAUGAUGUUUAUAUUCGAGGGCAUACGUGAAAAAAUGGUGAAUCUACUAAUGAAUCAGUUGGGGAAACAAUGAACAAAAUAAAAGCAUGUUCACAGACGGUUACUUCUCCUAGCCAACACUCCCUUAAAGAUGAUGGUGUUGCUAGAGUACUUGGUCCUGAACUUCAAGGACGGGUAAGAGGUCUUGGUUUUGGUGCGACUCCUUUAAAGUUGAGUGCUUUGAUGCACAAUCAUAACUUGCAAACUCAAAUGCAAGAGUUGAGAGAUGAAAUUAAAGAAUUAAAAGCUUUGUUUCAAAUGAAGAGUAAGAGUUUUGAACAAGAAGAUAAUCCUAGAGACGGAAGCUUGAAUGGGUCAAAUAACCUUCAAAAUAGGAAAUGCAAAUUGUUAUCUUGGUUUGAGAAAGCUGAUGUUGUUGCAAAAGGUGAAAUCGCAUCAACAAAUCUAAGUGAUUUGGUGCAUCAUGUACCACUUGGUAAUGAAUGUUGGAGAGUUUGGGUUAAUGAAGUGAUUGAUAAUGUCAGCUUAUAUCGUCCUACACGUGAGCUUUUUCUUCUUGAGGAUGCAUUAGGAAGUACAAUAGAAUGGCCAAUUAGGUACAUUGAAGUGGAUUCGCUAUAAUCACAAUGAAGGUACAGGCAGAUUACAAAUGAGCAUUGCUGAAGUCUCACCCAGAUCGAGCUCCGCACUCAUGUGAUUGGAAAGCAUUCUUUUAUUUGUAAAAUAACUUAUUAGUGUUGGUUGAACUUAUGUCUGUUGGUUGAGAAGCAAUUAGUUAUGAAUCAGGCUUGUCAUUUGUUGAACUUAUGUCUAUUGGUUGAGAAAAUGAAAAGUAGUUGUUACAUUUUAUUUAUAUAUGAUAAAUGUUAGUGUUAAUUU